AUGCCAAAACCCAAAAACCUAGCCGCCGAUCCAGAAGAUCAACAACAGCAAGACCAAACACCAUCAACACCUCCCACCACAUUAGACGAAACUCCAUCGAACACAAACGAAACUCUUUCCGAAGAAGAACAAAAAUUUCCAACAUUUAAAUUACGUUCCUAUGAAGCACUUUUAAAUCAAAUUCCUCGAUUUUCUGUUGAUGUAGAUAUGAGUGAAGAUACUACUGAAGUUGGAAUGGAUGAAAAUUUGGAUAAUUACGAGUUUUCGAGUGAUGAUGAAGAAAGUUCGAGUUUGAUGAGUGAGGAAAUGAAAUUGUUGAGACAAUCGGAGAGGAUGACGAGGAAUAAUGAGAUGAAUAGGUUGUCUGUUGGAAGGAUUAGUCAGGAAUCGAAUGAUUUGAUGCCGUCGCCAAGACAUAGACAUGGUGGAUUGAUACUGAAAAAGGAAAAUGCUAUUUUGGUGAAUAAUUUGAAGGAAAAGAUGGUUAUUUUGAAGAGAUUGAUUAAACAUGAGGCUAAUUACUUGUUUGAAUUGGAUUUGUUGAGAGAGAAAUUCAUUGGAACUCUCAAAAGAUCUGAUCUAAUCAAUUCUGAAGAAAUGGAAAGAUUAUUCUGCUAUUCUCAAUUGAACAUUAUUUGGAAUGUUAAUUCUGAACUUUUGAAUCAAUUCGAAACUUUUUACACAACUCUUGAACAUAUUAAUGAACAGAGCACUGUAGUUUCUCCAAGAGCAUCCACCAUUGGUCAAAUCUUUAUGAGAUUGACUCCAUUUUUGAAGAAUUACAUUCAAUAUUCAAAUCAGUUGGAUACUUGCAUUGUUGCAAUUAAUAAUAAGCGAUUGAAGGAUUCGUAUUUCAAGUCAAUUGUUAAAAAGUUGGAGAGAAUGUGCACUAAAUUGGCAUCUGCUGAGAGAAAGGACAGUUCAUUUACUCUUUUACAAGCCAUGAAGACUCCUCUUCAACAAUUUGUACAUUAUAGGAAGGCCUUGAUUGACCUUCUCGCCAUUUCACAAUCAUCCACUGAUGAGUGUAACAUAUUGAACGAUUCCUUGAAAUUAAUCGAAGUUGUCAAUCAAACUUUCGAUCAAUCAUUGAAGGAAAUGAAAAAUCGAGAAAAAUUCUAUGAAAUUAACAAGAAAAUUUUUAAACAAGCAGAAACUGGUGAAGUUGUAACAAUAAUCAAACCAAAUAGAGUAUUUAUCAAUGAGGCAGAGGUUUACAUGACCUCCAGUGAGAAUAAUUAUUUGGAAAUUCGUAAGAAAAGGAAGAAGAAGAAGGAUAAUAAUGCAAAUGCCAUCUCUGUUACUAAAUUGGACAUUCCAAAUGAAAAUUUCUUCAAGGAUGAAAAGAACAAACUGGUAGUUUUCCAUUUCAAUGAUUCCAUUGUGAUUUGUACUUCUACAUUCGAAGCUCCAAAACCUCCAAGAAAUUCCAAUAGAGAAACAGCUGCAAAGAGAAAGAGAUUGAAGCAAGUUGCCUCAAUGAUUGACUCUAAGAAAUUGAGAUUUAAAGAGUGCAUUGAUUUGGAAUCGGAUCCAGUUCCUUGGAUUAGAAACAUUGUUUCUCCAGACCCACCAAUUGUUUCAACCUAUGAUCAAACAGGACAAGAAAUUGUUUCUAGAUCCAAUUCUGAUCUCUCUUUCAUGUUCCAAUUAAUUACAUGGAGUAGAAUUUAUACAUUCAAGUUCAUGGAUGAAAGUACAAAGACACAAUGGAUGUAUGCUAUUCAACAAUCCUUGACAGAAAUCAAAGUUUCCAGAAAACAAGACUUGGAUUAUCCUCAUGCCAAAUCAGGAGGUUAUUUGGAAAUUCCUCAAUCUUGGGUUUUACCAUCAAUUCUCGCUAUUCAAUCGUAUAUUAGAAGUUAUCUAGUCGUUCAGAAAACUUUGAGAAUUAAAAAGAAAUCCAGAAAGGGAAAUAGAGCUAGAUUGAGUGUCAUUCAUAGAAUUAAUCAACAGGAUAACAAAUUAUUACAAAAUCAAGCAUUUGCACAGAGCUAUCCAAAGAAGGAGUCAAUUACCUUGUUGAAGGAUUAUGAGGAAGAUGUCAAUGAUUCGUACAUUGUAGUUGAAGAAGAGGAAGAAGAUAAACACAACAAACCAAAGGAAACAAUCAAGGUUGUUCAAGAAGUGAAGCAGGAUCCUAUUGUUGAGAGCCAACCAGAAACUGUAGUACACACCACUACUGCUUCUACUUCAGUAGAGGAGAAGGUCAUUCCAAUUCCAAUUCAAGACAUUCCAGAAACUUCUACAAGAGAAGAAGAAGAAGAGAAACAAGCAACGGAAACAAUUCAAGAAACUCCUCAACCAAUUCAGUUGCCAACUAGAGAACCAAUUCAACAAGAAGUAGUAUCAACUCAACAAGUAGUUAUUGAAGAAGAAGUGGAAGAAGAAUUAGAAGAUGAAUCACCAGUUACUACACCAGAAGUUAGAAAGGAAAUGGUCGAUGAAAUCAUUUAUGAGGAUGAAAAUGGUGCUCAAUUCUAUGUUCGUGUUGGAGAUGAAAUUGUCUAUGAGGAUGAAUUUGGAAAUCAAGUUGUGGAAAUUGUAACUCAGGAAAAGUUUUGGGAAAUUGUCAAUGCAGCUGAUUUGAUGGAAGAAGAGGAAGAAAUGGAAAUGGCUAGCAGAUUAACAGAAACUCAACAAGAAACUGUUUUGGAAACAAAGAAUAAUAAUAUUGGUAAUGAAAAUGUAAUUGCCAUUCAAAAUCCUGUGGUAGAAACAAUUGAAAGUAUGAAAAUUGUGGAAGAACCUCAUGUAGAAGAAACUCCAAUUCCAACCGCUACUCAGCAAGUUAUUGAGCUACAACAAGAGCCAGUGUCUACUGUCCAAGAUCUCCAACAACCUCUCACUGAACCUGCCAAAGAUGAAGCACCACUUGUAUCAACAUCAAACAGUCAACCAACAGUUGUUGAAACAAAACAAGAAAUUCUCCCUCCUGUUGAAUCUGAAUCUGAAACUUCUCAACACAUUGAAACCUUCACAACUGUAGAACCUAGCCCAGUUACCACUCCACAACCAAUCAAUCAUCAAGAAACCACUCCAACUCAACCUCCAAAUACCAAACCAAUUAUUCCAACAUUGGAUAUUCUCAGAAAAACCUCAGACGUCGAUGUUCAACAGCCACCUCAGAUAUUGCAAUCUUCACAACCACCUUCUUCAACUCCACGUAGAUCCAUUGUAGCUCUCGAUUCACCAAGAAAGAAGGAAGAAGAAAUUGCACCAUGGCAAAAAGAACUCUUAAACAAGUAUAAGAAUGAUGGUAAAUUCAAAUUUGUUACACAGACAGCUGAGGAAAAGAUUGCAAGAGCUAGUUUUUCAGAUGAGCAUCUUCAUGAACAAGAGAGUGCAAUGAUGAUGACUCCACGUUCUUCUGGUUUUGAUCCGAACAAUUCUGCAAUUGAUCCAGUAACAGCAAAGAAUCUCAAUCGUCAAUCCAUUAGAAUUAGCUCUGAUUUCCAAAACUUUUUGAAAAAGUUUAAAACUAUUGAGCAAAAAGCAAAUGAAGAACAGUAAAAUCAUUUUCUAAU